AUGUAUCCUGAUUGUUUCUCUUUAGUCCACCUCCCUCUCCCCUACAAGUUCAAGCCCACUCAAAAAAACCGCAAUUCAUCAAUAAGCUUCUCAACCUUCCCCCGAAUCUCAUCCCUCACACCCCUCACACCCCCUCACAAUCUCAAUCCCCUGGCCGGCAGGAUCCCCAACCCGCCAGUCAACAUAUCGCUUCCCCGGAAAAUAGGGGCAAGCAUCCCCACAGCCCAUCGUGACAACAACGUCACAUUCCUCAACGGUUUCGCGCGCAAGGGCCUUUGGUUUCUGACCCGAGAGGUUGAUUCUCUCUUCCAGCAUGGCUUCCUCGACGAUCGGGUUUAUGGUGGGCGCUGGGGCGGAGCCGGCGGAGUGGACUUGGAUGGCGUUGCUGGUGAAGUGGGUGAGGUAGGCUGCGGCUAUUUGGGAGCGGCCGGCAUUGUGGAUGCAGAGAAAGAGGACGGCUGGGGUAUAAUGAAUAUCACUCCUGUAAUACUAUUGGCUGGAGGGAAUGAGUGCGGCACAAGAGACUUAUGUAUAACAUCGUAA